AUGGAGUACAUAGGAGCGACGGGCGUACCAGUCAAAUUCUACACCGUACCGAUCGACCAAGGCAUUGACUUUCACUUCAUCCUCGGCUUCGCCAUCGACGCAAGCCCAGAAGGAGACUCACAAAACGGUGUGUUCUCCCCUUACUGGGUUUCCACACUAACCCAAACCUCCGUCGCCCAAAUCAAAUCCCGCUACCCUAACGUUAAAGCCCUAGCCAGUCUCUCCGGCUGGAGUCUUGGCGACACAGUCCUUCGCUGGUACGACCCGGAGGAUCCCAACCUUUGGAUCACCAACGCCUUCACCUCCCUCAAAUCCAUCGUCGAAGACUACCACCUCGAUGGAAUCGACAUCGACUACGAGAACUUCCCGAAACGACGCCGUCGCUCCAGUCCCAACUCCACCUUCGCUUACUGCAUCGGCGAGCUCAUCUCCCUCCUCAAGAACCAAAGCGUCAUCUCUGUGGCAACCAUCGCGCCGUUCUACACGACGGUGGGGCCGUACAUGGACCUGUACGGACGGUACGAGGAGGUGAUAGACUUCGUGAACUAUCAGUUCUAUACGGAUCGGGUUCGGAGCGCGAGAGGGUAUUUGGAUACUUUCCGGGUCCGAUCGAUGCAAUUUGGAGCGGAGAAACUGUUGCCGAGCUAUGAGGUAAAAGGGAGAGGGAUUCAAGGGGAGGCGUUCUUCGAUGCUCUGAGACUGCUGGAGAAGAGUGGGUUCAGUGUGAAUGGGGUGAUGAUUUUCUCGGCAGAUGCUUCUGUCGAUGGUGGAGGCGAUGACUAUUAUUACGAGAAGAAAUCUCAGGCUUUCUUGCUUAAUUCCACUACUCUAGUGUGAUUAUUAUUAUUAUUAUUAUUAAACAAUAAAGUGUUGAGGAAAUGGUGAUUAGAAUUAAUAAAAUGUGUCGUGUUGUGUUCUGUUAUUUGUAUAAAUAUGUACUAUCACUCAAUGUCUCACGAUGUCUCCCGAGAACAAAGAUGUAAUAUAAGCAUCACAAAAAAAAAGAAAAAACAAAUAAGAGUAUAUAACGAAUGAAGAUCCCUAUCAAAUAAAGUUGUGCCAAACCGUGUACACUCAAUAGAAAUUUGACACCUUUAGUGUUUUUAAAGAGCAUUUCUAACACGUUGGAGCCCUAUAGAUUGUGUUAAAUGUAUAAGGGAAAUUUCACUCUUCAUA